AUGGCAGAGUCUUCCAAUCAUUCUGAUGAAGAAGCUCUCAUGGCUUUCAAAGCUGCUAUCUCUCUCGAUCCAUAUAAUUCCUUACUCCAUUGGAAUCCCAAUCACACCUUCUGUAAUUGGACUGGCAUUAUCUGCUCUUCUCGUCGACAGCGUGUGGUUUCCUUGAAUCUCACUGGUAUGGGAUUACUUGGCCCCAUCUCUCCCUUUCUCGGAAAUCUUUCCUUCCUCAGAGUACUUGCUCUCAAAAAUAAUAGCUUUCACGGCCAUAUUCCAUAUCAGCUUGGAAGGCUAUUUCGCUUGAGAUGGCUUCAGUUGUCUUCUAACAAUUUAAGUGGAAGCAUUCCACCUGAAUUUAGUCUCCUUUCAAAUUUAGAAACCAUGGUAUUACGAACAAACAACUUGACAGGUAAUAUCCCACCUUUCUUGGGAAACAUGUCCUUUCUAAAGAACCUUGAAUUGUCAGAAAAUACACUCCAAGGUGGUAUUCCUGCUGAGCUAGGUAUGCUUCGUCAGCUAAACUGGCUUAAUCUUGGCAUCAACAACUUGAUAGGUUCGAUCUCCAUUGCCCUUUCAAAUUGCACCCGUCUCCAAACUUUGGAGCUCUAUAAUAACAACUUAAACGGCCCAAUUCCAUGGGAGUUUGGAAGGCUGUCAGAGUUGCAAAAAGUGCUCUUGUGGCAAAAUCAACUCAGUGGAGAAAUACCCCGCUCGGUGGGGAAUUGGACUCAGCUGGAAGUGCUGGAAUUGGAGAUCAACCAACUGAGCGGCACAUUGCCCCUGGAAAUUGGUAAAAUGAAGCAACUGAGACUGUUAAGUUUGUGGGGAAAUCAUUUUGUGAGUAGAAGCAGAGGUCUGCCUAUUCUAACAGUGUUAACUAAUUGCUCCAGCUUGAAAAAACUUGCUUUGGAAUAUAAUCAUCUCACUGGCGUCUUGCCCACUUCAGUUGGUCGCCUUUCAAAUUCACUCUCUUUUUAA